AUGGGUUUGCUCUCAUGGCUUCGUCCUAAGGGCCGCAUAUCAUUCUAUCACUCCAAGGAUAACCAGUUGACGUUGACUAAGGUUUCCGGCACUGCAGCCAAAGAACAGACCACGUUUGUUGAUAUCUGUCGGUCUGCAACACCAGACACAUGCAACUUGAACCCAUUCUUGUUCAAUGGGCACCUGCAGACCUUUUGGACAGUCCUGAAACAUGAUAAUGUCCCAGUCUACUACAAACGCAAAAUGUUCGAGUCGGACAGUCCUGCAUUCACGGGGCAGUAUGCUAUCGAUUUCGUGGUUGCACCGUACGACAUGCCCAAGGACCCGGAAUUGACUGAUCAAGCGAGGAGAUAUACCCAAGAGUCUGGAAUGCCGCCACGCACCUCGUUCUUUACACAGGAUGAGUUUGCUGAUUUGCCUUCUGAUGAUACCAAGCCUAUGCUUGUGGUUCUUCACGGCUUGAGUGGUGGCUCCCACGAAGUAUACUUGCGCCAUAUCCUGGCACCGCUUGUGAAGGACGGGGCAUGGGAGGCAUGUGUUGUCAACUCUAGAGGUUGUUCGCAGACCAAGAUUAGUACUGGCGUGCUCUAUAAUGCCCGGGCUACUUGGGAUGUUCGCCAGUCUGUGAAAUGGAUCAGGAGAAAGUUCCCCAAUCGCCCCCUUUUCGGAAUUGGUUUCUCGCUUGGAGCCAAUAUUCUCGCUAAUUACCUGGGAGAAGAGGGAGAUGCCUGUCAAUUGAAGGCAGCCGUCCUUUGUGCAAGCCCAUGGAACUUGGACGUCAGCUCUUCAUACUUGCAAAGUACCUGGAUUGGCAAGGAGGUAUACAGCAAAACGAUGGGCGCCAGCAUGAAAAGGCUCUUUGAACAACAUGUCGAGGCCAUCUCCAAAAAUCCUCGCAUUGAUGUCGAUGCCGUGAGGAACAGUACUUACUUGCAUGAAUUCGACCGCGCCUUGCAAUGCCCAAGCUGGGGCUAUCCUACCGAGGGAGCGUAUUACCGUGAUGCCGCUUCCACUGAUUCAAUGCUUGCUAUCCGUAUCCCUUUCCUUAGUGUUCAAGCAGAGGAUGACCCAAUCGCCUGUCGAGCUAGUCUACCCUUCCAUGAGAUGACCCAAACACCAUAUGGAGUCAUGUUGACUACGUCUUGGGGUGGUCAUUUGGGUUGGUUCGAGUUUGGAGGGUCAAGAUGGUUUGUCAAGCCGGUGACAACCUUCCUGAACAAGAUGGCUCGGGAAAUCGAUACUCAGAUCCCUGGUAUUGUCGAACACCCCGAGAAACUUCCUGGCAACAUCGCCCAUCACGACGACCCCAACAAAGAUCCCGAUAUGGCACCUAAGCCCGAGUUCAAACCUAUGCGACGCAAACUCGCCUUGCCUUUGGGACAGUAA